AUGAGCAUGUUUAAUAUGGACGAUAUAGCAGACCAGGUCGACCGCUUAAACUACCGCCUUGUGGACAGUGACAUGGACCCUGACCCGGCCGACCCCUUUACACCGGGCCUCCAUCCCACGCGCUCUUCCCCCGUAUUCGAUGACUCGGACCCAGAACCAGACGACACCGAUGACUACAUCGUCACCGACUACGCCGGCGCCGACGUGACCCGGCUUGAUAUCCCCCGCCGCACCUCCGCCCGUAGAGGCAGCCACUCGGUUGAUUUGCGUAUCAACGAGCCCUUCAUCUCCAGUAGUCCCACUCUAGACGACUUUGAACCCAUAAUGGUUCUCGGUAAAGGUACGUAUGGCAAGGUUCUUUUGGUACGACAAAAGACAACCGGCAAGCUUUUUGCCCAGAAACAGCUCAAGAAAAUCAGUCUUUUGAUGAACAACGAGGUGAAUGAAGUCAACCUCGAACGCACCUUGAACGAGAAAAAGAUUCUCGAACGGGUCAACCACCCCAACAUCGUCAAGUUAUACUACGCAUUCCAGGACUUCAAUAAGGUCUACCUCAUCUUGGAGUACUUGGAUGGAGGCGAAUUGUUCUACCAUUUGUCGCAGGAAUCGUUUCUACCCGAAUCCAAGGCCUGUUUCUACAUUGCCCAGCUCGUGCUCGCUUUGAGAUACCUUCAUCUUCAGUUGCAUGUCAUCUACAGAGAUUUGAAGCCGGAGAAUUGCAUGUUGGACUCUCUGGGGAGCUUGGUAUUGACGGACUUUGGUCUCUCCAAGGUCAGCGACAAAGAUAAAACAAACUCUUUCAUUGGCACCAUCCAGUACAUGGCUCCGGAGAUCUUGCGAAAUGAAAACUACAGUUACGAGGUUGACUGGUGGUCCUUGGGAUGCAUUUCAUUCGACUUGCUCACGGGGUCUCCUCCUUUUACCGGCAAUAACAACAAGAAAAUCACUGAGAAAAUCCUUGCUUCCAAGAAGAACUUGAAGUUUCCCUUCUACUUGUCAUUGGAUGCAAAAGAUUUUUUGCGCAAACUCCUCGCGGUGAAUAUUGACAAACGGAUAAACUUGGACCAAGACGACCAAUUCGAGGCUAUCAAGAAGCACAGAUUCUUCAGACAUAUCAACUGGGACGACUUGAUUCACAAUAACCAGGCGGUUUUGCCUCCUAUACUCCCAGUGAUCACAAAUCCGUUACUUGCGGAGAAUUUUGAUAAAGAAUUCACGGAAAUGGCCUUCACUCCACCAAUGACCAAAUCAAAUGAAGACAUUCUUCACGUGAACGGUUUCACCUUCACUAACGAGAAGUUCUUGAACAGCUAUGUUUUAAAGUAA